AUGUCGCGCAAGAAGGCGGCUCGCAGCAAGGGCGGCGGUGCCGCGCCCUCCGCCGCGCUGCCUCCCGCCGGGCAGGGCUCCGGCCGCGCCGCCGCCGCCCCCCGGGGCAGCUCCGCCGCCGCCGCCGCCCCCGAGCUGCCCCGCAACGGUGGCGCGGCGGCGGCCGGGCGGCCCUCGCUGAGCAGCAGCGGGGAGUUCUACGACCUCGCCUUCAAGGUGAUGCUGGUGGGGGACUCGGGGGUCGGCAAGACCUGCCUGCUGGUGCGCUUCAAGGACGGCGCCUUCCUGGCCGGCAGCUUCAUCUCCACCGUGGGCAUCGACUUCAGGAACAAGGUGCUGACGGUGGAUGGGGUGAAGGUGAAGCUGCAGAUCUGGGACACGGCCGGGCAGGAGCGCUUCCGCAGCGUCACCCACGCCUACUACCGGGAUGCCCACGCCCUGCUCCUGCUCUACGAUGUCACCAAUAAAGCCUCCUUUGACAACAUCCAGGCUUGGCUGACAGAGAUCCAUGAAUAUGCACAGCAGGAUGUGGUCCUCAUGUUACUGGGAAACAAGGUGGAUUCAGCCCAGGACAGAGUGGUGAAAAGGGAAGAUGGAGAGAAGCUUGCCAAGGAGUAUGGGGUGCCCUUCAUGGAGACCAGCGCCAAGAGCGGCCUCAACGUGGAAUUAGCGUUCACAGCCAUCGCCAAGGAGCUGAAGCACAGGUCCAUGAAGCUGCCCAACGAGCCCAAAUUCAAGCUGCACGACUACGUGAAGAAGGAAGUGCGAGGCUCGGGCUGCUGCAGGUCCUAACGUGUGUUUGUACAGAGACUCAGGCCCGUGGGCAGUGUGUGCAUGUCCGUCUGUCGUGUCUGUGUCUGCCCCCAAGGCCAGCUGAGAGCAGGGCACAGAGCAGCAGGAAAAGCUCUCUGGGAUUCUGCAGCCCCCUCGCAUCCCUCGGCUCCGGCUCCCCUGGCCAGCAUCCCUGCCCUGCUCACAGGUGGGAGGAAGGUGUUGGGGAAGGGGCUGGGCUCUCCCUCUGUGCCUGCUCUGUGAGGCUGCUGUAACCUUGGAGAGAGCCAGGCUGUGAUGUAAGGGAACCAACACCUUCUCCCCACCUAGGAGGAAAAAAGUCUUGAUUUUUUUCUGGGUAGGAGAACGUCCUGAAUUCCCUUUUCUUUGCCUGUGUACCUGGAAUUCAGCUGAGAGCCCUGGCCGGGGGCGUGCAGGAAGGAUGUGUUUGAAGGCAGCCAUUCUUGUAGGUGCUUUCUCCUGUCUGUCCAUCCCUGUGAGGUGGGACACAGUUCCACAGUGAGGGAUUCUCCUGUUCCCUGCAAAGGCAGAGCUUGGCUGUCCGAGUGAGCUCCUGCACACCUGGCUGUGUACAGAGAUUUCUGAACGUUCAUCCCUCUGGGAAAGGCUCUGCUUCUCCUCCUUCUGCCCUUUCUGGUACUUUGAGAAGAAUCCUAAUGUAUUGCAGCUUAUUCUAAAUACCUUCCUGUAAGUGUGAUGGUGUUUUCAGACUGCAACAACGCUUUGAUAUCUUCAAAGUUCUCUUGGGCAGCUCUCUCUUUUCACCGCAGAGAGCUGGGGGGAAGCUGCAGGCAGUGAUUUUACAGGCUGCAGACUCCUGCCAGCUCUCUUCAAGGGCCUCCUCACCCCUUUGGUCUGUGUCAGGCUUUUGGCUGUUUUUUUGUCAAGCUGCACUUCUCAGUACAAACUUGAAUCUGGAUGAAGUGUUUGGCCUUUGGCAAUUUUUCCCUUUGAAAACUCCACGCACACAUCAGCAGGUGCCCGCUGCGCCGAGCCUCUGGUGGCUCCUCCAAAUGGAACAGAAUAAAUCACCCAUAUCCUCUGCCCUCCAGCCAGCACCAGCCCCCCCAGCUGCUGACUCAGAUACCCCUGCCCCUCAUUUUUCCUGGGAUUUUGGCUCCAGCACUGCUUUCCUGAGGGGCACAAGGAGCCUCUGCAGCUCCCACGUGCUCCAAGCUCCACUCCUCAGGGAGCUACAGCAACACGAGCAGCUGCAGCUUCACAGGGUGAAAAGGGAUCUUAAAAUGAACCAGCUUUUUUUCCCUAAAUAGUAUUUUAGGGGAGAGACAAUCCUUAAAAUUGUCUGAUUUAAAUUUUAAAAUCACCUGUGGAAAACCCAUUUGUGCAGGAACAUUUGCACUCCUGGCAAACCCUGCUGUCAGUCCUGCAGGAGCAGCCAGGUGAGCUCUGUCAUGGGGGGCUGUCAGGGCCCCCUCUCCCCAGUAAUUUGGUUUUGUGUGGGGCAGGACCAGCCUGGCAGCUCCAUGGCUGUUUCCUGAUCCUGCCUUUGGAACAGCAGCAGCCCCAUCCCGAGGUGUCAAGGAGCCUCCCUAAAGGCAAAACUUAGGAUUCCUAAAGGAUUAAGAUUCCCAAUGUCAGGUUGCUGCCAUCCCUCUCCCUCAGACUGGCAUCUGUCUGGGUUACAGCUGCUCACUUCUUGCCCAAUGUGGGUCUAAAACCGACAAAAACCCCUUUAAACGAGGAAGAUGUAACUGUUUCCCUUUGGAGCACUUCCACCCUGCCUGUGGGGAACAGACCCUGCUACAGCAGAGGCCGCACAGCCCUGUUGGUGGUUCAGACCUGAACCUCGAGCAGGCUCAGCCCCUCUCCCAGUGUGGGACCGGUUUCCCAGUGCCUGCACACUGGGCUGGCCCCAAGCUCCUCCUCACGGCCGUUUGGGAUUUUCCACGGGCCUUUGCUGCCACCACGCGGAACUGCUCAGCGCAGCGUUAAUUAUUCCCGUUAAUUGCUCAGAGCACCCAGCCACGUGCGAGGGCUCGGCCUCACCCGCAACAUCCCAUUUCUGCUGGCUCUUGUUUACAGCUUUCGGUUCAUUCCUGUUAAUAAAUUUUUUUAAUAAUC